GAGUCGUCCCUUUUCAUUGUACACCAAACCACUGAAGAACUUUGAAUCGUGUUUAACUGCUUUAUGUUACGGCAUUUGCACGGGAUCCGCCCAGAUCUUAUACAAAGUUGUAUACUUAGUCGAUUUAAGCACACCAUGCGUCUUGUUCAAUUUGUUGAAGGUGGAAGGCAGAGGGUUGGUGUCGAGACCAAAGAUGGCGGCAAUGUGGUUGACUUGUGUGCUGGCGAAUCCUCUAUCCCAAGUGAUAUGAAAUCUUUCCUAGAAGGAGGAGAAGAGAUGAUGAAGAAAGCGCAAAGGGUAGUGGAUGGAGGUCAACAUGUGUUGAAGAGGGCAGAUAUUCAACUUAAGGCUCCAAUUCACAAUCCUAAUAAACUCAUCUGCAUUGGAAUGAACUAUGUUGACCACUGUUUAGAGCAGAAUGUUCCUUUGCCCACAGAACCUGUAAUUUUUAGCAAGUUUACUAAUGCAAUAACAGAUCCAGGAGCACCAAUCAUUUAUCCUGAGGAGACACAGGAACUAGACUUUGAAGUUGAGCUUGCCUUUGUCAUUGGAAAAACAGGAAAGAAGAUUAAGGAAAGUGAAGCAAUGGAGUAUGUUGCAGGCUACACUGUGGUACAUGAUGUUAGUGCACGGGACUGGCAGCUAAAGAAAAAUAGUGGACAGUGGCUAAUAGGGAAAACAUUUGAUUCAUUUUGUCCAAUUGGUCCUGCUAUAGUCACUAAGGAAUCUAUAUCAGAUCCCCACAAGCUGGGAAUCCGUUGUCGUGUUAAUGGUAACGUCAUGCAAGACUCAAACACUGAAAAUUUGGUGUUUAAGACAGAAGCACUGGUUUCUUUCAUAUCUAGAUUUAUUACCCUAUCUCCUGGUGAUGUAGUUAUAACAGGUACUCCACCAGGUGUUGGCUGUUUCAGAAAACCUCCAGUAUACCUCAAGAGAGGUGAUGUGGUGGAAUGUGAAAUUGAUGAAAUCGGAUGUAUCUCAAACACAAUUCAGUGAAGUGGCCUUGGCUGAAGAGUCUACACUAAACAGCUAGUCACAUCUAGAAACCUUCAGUUCAUUAUCAAGUCAUUUCAAGCCAUUCUGAUCCAGGAAAUAUGCAAAA